AUGAUUUUAAAUAGGUUUAAAUUUAAUAAUACAAAUACAUUAAAACACAUUCAAUUUAUAAGAAGUUUUUGCAACAGUAGUAACACAGAGUUUGAUCUUUUUGAAAAAAGAUUCAAAAGAGUUCCAAUUAAAAAUAAUAAUACUAAUAAUAAUAAUAAUAAUAAUAAUAAUGUCCCUGUUCGUCAACCAGAAAAUGAUAGAAAUAAUUUAAAGAGUUUACCAGGUCCACAAUUCAUCCCAGUCAUGACCGAAGAAAAACAAAAAUUGGCAUCGGAUGAAUCAAGAAGGGUUAUAGAGGGUCACAAGAAUGAGCUAAAUGAAUUUUAUAGAAAUAAUAGAGAAGAAAUUGAAAAGAAUUUAGAAAUCAAUACAAUAAAGAAACCUUUUGCAUUAUGUUUUGGAUAUGAUGGUACAGGUUUUUACGGCUUAUCAUACAACAAGGAUUUGAAAUAUAAAGCAAUUGAAAAUGCCAUAGAGAAAGCUUUGUUUAUAAAUGGGCAUAUUGCUCCUUCGAAUGUUGGCGAUUUAUCAAGAAUAAAAUGGAGCAGAAGCAGCAGGACUGAUAAAGGUGUACAUUCAUUAUCAACACUUAUUUCAUGUUUUAUUUUAGUCGAUGAAAAAACUAAUCAAAGAGAAGGAUUAUCUAAAGAAACAAUCGAAUCGAUUAACAAGCAUUUACCAGAAUCUGUAAGAUUAUUAUCAGGAACACGUAUUUCAAAGAGUUUUAGAGCAAGAAGAGGUGUAUGUGAAAGAACCUAUCACUAUAUGGUACCAAAAAAAUAUUUAGAGGGCAUUUCAAUCGACCAUAUGAAUGAAAUUUUAUCAAAUUAUAUUGGUAAUUUCAGUUAUCACAACUACACAAGCCAAAGAAACACCUAUUUAGCUGAAAAAAAUAAAAAACAAAGCGAGGAUGAUGAUGAUGAGGAUGAAGGAGAAGAUUUUGAAGAAGAGAAUCAACCAAAAACUAUAUUAUCGCCAACAACUGUUACAAUAGAUAGAAUAUCAGAAAAAAAAAUGUUUAGGGUCAAUCCAAAGAAUAUGAGAACCGUAAAGAAAUUUUAUGUAGAAAGCGACCCAAUUCUUAUUAACAAUCAAGAAUGGUUUAGAUUUGUAGUUACAGUUGCUAAAAAAAUACAGCCAAUAGAAGCUUUAAAAGUAUCAAUCGACUCACCAUUUAUUGUAUCAACACCAACAGCACCACCAUUUUCACUCUACCUUUACGAGUUUGAAUUUGAAAAUAAUAAAAAACAACCAGUUUGUACCAAAACAGCAUUCUCAGAUACAUACAAAACAUUUAAAAAAGAAUUUUUAUCUAAUCAACUACAUCAACGAUUUGAUCAAAUAGAAAGGGAUACCAACCAAUUCAGCACAUUUUUCGAAGAGCUACAACAGCAUCAAUUCCUUUUAGAUGAUUUACCACAUGUCAUAGAAUUAAAUAAUGAAUUUAAAAGAGAAAAAGCAGAAAGACAAAAGAUGCACGAAGAAAGAAAAUUACAAAGACAGGAACAAAGAGAAAGAGAAAGACUAGAAAAAGAAAUGCAAGAAAAAGAAAUGCAAGAAAAAGAAAAUCAAGAUGAAGAAGAUGAAAAUGAAAAUAAAAACAAAGAGGAUCAAAAGUGA